CACAUAAAUAUCACCGACGACAGUGAAACAUCGGAUUACUUGUUCAAGAGCAUUUGCUGAUUUGAACGCUGCAUUACGAAUUUCUAUACUUCUUCAGAUAAAUUGUUUGAUAUUACGAUUGAUUUUUUCAAAAAUAUGUUGUUUUGGAUACUGACUGUCUUUGCAUCCCAGCUUUUGAGCGCACAGGGAGCAUAUGAUUUAAACAUAGAAGAUGUGGUUGUUGCUGCAUAUAGCAAGGAAUAUUUCACCGAACCUGAUGCUUACGUUGACGAUACUAACGCAAUAGUUGUUAAUGCUUCAAUAAUAAAACAACUUCCAAUGGAAGCUCAAGGGCACUUUUCACUGAUGGGAGCGUCGAUGGGCGAAUAUGUGAUCGAUACCGGGAUCGAUGUAACACUGGAUCUAUGUGACAUAUUGAAUGAACCAAUUAUGAUGGGCCCACUUUUUGCAGCAUUGGGAUUUGAUCCAAACAAUUGCCCACCCGACGUCGGUGUUUACGGAACUGAUGGCUAUAGGUUAAGAAUGGACACAUUGCCAGAUAACUUUCCGCCUAAUAAAUACAGAGUGACUCUAGAAAUCUUAUAUGAAGAACAACAAUUACUAGCUCUACAAGUGUUUCCCACCGUUGUCAACUAAUUAUAAAAAACAAUCUAUUAAUACUUGUUGAAAAUAAAAUUUGUUUGCUAUAAAUAA